AUGGGCCGUCCUCUUUUCGUCCUUGGAAACAUCUACAUCGAGUAUGGGUCGGAAGCUGUUUUUGUUGGGUAAAGUAAUUUUUGAAGGUUUGGGGGUGGAUUUUGGAAAAAAAAAAUUUUUUAAUUUUUUAAAUUUAAAAAUUUUUUUAGAUUUUUUAUAUUUGGAUAUUUCGUUUUACUCUUGUUGACCUACUACUUCUUGGCCAAAGGCUGUUUGGCCUUUUAUUUUGGAGUCUUGUACCCUUUAAAAGUAUCGUCACUUGAAGCAUAUGAACCACCUAGGAAGUACAGGCCCGGUACUAUUGAAGUGUAAGUGGAAACUUUAAGCUUAUUUUUAAUUUUAACUAAAAACGCAGGAACUUUCUUUCCAAAUCUCAUUUUUGAGGAAAACGCAAGAACUUUCUUUCCAGGAGUUAUUUUUGUCUAAAAGUGCAAUAACUUUCUUUCCAAAACUUAUUUUUUCUAAAAUUGCAAAAACUUUCUUUCCAAUGCUCAUUUUUGGCUCAAACCGCAAUAAGUUUCUUUCCAAGCCUCAUUUUUCGAAAAACCGCAAGAACUUUCUUUCCAAAGCUCAACUUUCAUAAAAACAGCAAACACUUUCCUUACAAAUCUUAUUUUAGAGGAAACCGCAAAAACUUUCUUUCCAAGCCUCUUUUUUCGAAAAAACCGCAAUAACUUUCUUUCCAGAGUGAACGAGACCCAUUCCGCAACCUACGCCCCUCAAACUUCUGAAUCUGCUUCAACAACGGCCGAUCCGAAACUAUUGUGCAGAGAAUUGAAAGCCCUCGAAAGUGCGCCAGCCAACUCGGUCGGUUCUACUGAUGCUAAAAGCGGAUUCACCUCGAUUCCUGACAGUACUAACAGAGGUAACACAUUUCAUAUAUAUUAUUAGGUUGUUCACAUAGGGCGUCGACAUCAGGGACGUCGUUUGGGGGGGGAGGGGGGGGUUUGUUCGGGGUGAAGCCCCUCCCCCCCCCCAGAGCCGAUCCGAAAAAAAAUCCACAGUUAGGUACCUGUAAGUGAAAAAACGAAAAAAAAAUUUUUUGGGUCUUCACCCCCCAGAGAAAAACCGUAGCGACGUCCCUGGCCGACAUAAAGAACCCGCUAUACUUUGCCUGUAAUUUCCCGUAAAAAAUGGCGGGUUCUUUAUGUCGGCACCUAAUAGCAUCUUUAUUUACUGGUUUCUUUGUGGUAAAUUAUUUUUUUUGGUACUUUUUUGCUUUUUGAAGCGGUUUUUGGUACCAUUUCUAAUUUCUUUGAGUUUAUUAGUACCAGAUUUUAAAAGUUUUUUUUGGUACUGUUUGUUAAAUUUUUAGGGGCUUGUGGUACCGUUUUUAAUUUUUGAGUUUUUUGGUACUGUUUCUUAUUAUUGGGAUUCCUUUGGUACUGUUUCAUUUUUUGUACUAUUAGUACUAUUUAUAGGUUUUGGGUUUGUGGUACUAUUUCUUGUUUACGGACUUCCUUUGGUACCAUUUUUUUUUACGGAUUUGCUUUGGUAUCAUUUUUUUGUUUACGGACUUAUUUUGGUACCAUUUUGUGUUUACGGUACUACUUUAGUACCAUUUUGUUCUUUAGGACACCUUUGGUACCAUUUUUUGUUUACGGUUUUUCUUUGGUAUCAUUUUUUUGUUAGCGGUCUAUUUUAGCACCACUUUUUUUCCUUAGAACACUUUUAGUACCACUUUUUAAUAUCUAUCAGUAGGAUUUAUAGUUUAGGUCUCUGUGGUACAAUUUUAUUAUAUGUUUUACUUACCUUGGUAUCAUUUUGAUUUUUUUUUGGUUAAUUUGGUCCCAUUUUUUAUUUUGUUACCUCUUAUUGGUACCGUUUUUUAUUUUUUAAAACAUUAGUACUAUUACGUUGUUUUGUUUAUUCUGGUGCCAUUUUUUGUUUUAAGCGUCUCUUUUGGUACCGUUUUUUUUUUAGAAGCUGCUAGUACUAUUUGUGUUUAAUAGUUAGCUUUGGCAUAAUUUUUUUAUUUAUUUUGGCACUAUUUUUGAUGUUUUUGUUCAUUAUAGUACCAUUUUUAAAAUUUUUUUGACACCAUUUUUAAUUUGUUGGCCCUACUUUAGUAAAUGUCAUUUUACAUUAGAAAUACCCUAUUUUUCAGAAAUGACCCCCCUCCACUCGGAAUUAGUAGCCACAGGAGCCGAAAGAAGCGCUACCGAACCGACCUCAGGGACGCCGCUUAGCGAAAGUCAGUUCCCCGAAAAGAAGGAAAGCCAGUUCUGGAGCGGAAAAGACCCACCGGCUACCGCCUUGUUUGGUCCGGGCUUGGAGAAUGGGGCUAGAACACCUAGGAGUAAGUGGAAACAAAGUUUUUGCGGUUUUUGUGGAAAAUAAGGUUUGGAAAGAAAGUUCUUGCGGUUUUUUCAGAAAUUGGUUUUUGGAAAGAAAGUUUUUGCGGUUUUUGUGAAAAAUGAGUUUUGGAAAGAAAGUUCUUGCGGUUUUUUUGAAAAACGUGUUGUAAACAAAGUUUCUGCCAUUAUUUAAUCAUUAUCAUUUCAGGUACUCCUCAGCCCUCCGCGAAAUCGACCGAUGUUAACACGGCGGUCGAAAAAACCGACCCAAAGGCUCAAACUCAACAAAACGAGCAUCAGAAUCCACCAAAACGUCGUACUAUCUUGAUGCCAAUGUGA